CCCCCGAAACUUGGGUGGAAAAUAAACCCUGUGAAAAAGAAAUGCUUUUCCAUUUAGAUUGUAAUGCAAAAAUCAAAACCAAAAGGAUUUCAUGCUUCACCUGGUAGAAUCAAGAUUUGUUUGUUCACAUUUGAAUAUGGACAAGGCACAAAUCCAGUGUUUUAAAUAUGCACAGUGGGAAAGAAAUCCAUCACACCCAGAAAACUAUCUGACACAGUAAGAACAGGGUCUUUUAAACAGCCAGAUCCGCGCUGAAGCGUAACAAAAACAUUCACGGAAGAGAAACGGCUUUGAAUUGACAAUCGUGACACCUGAUACCAGGUCUGAAUAAACGAGUCCAUAAAGGCUGUCUGUCCCACGUGAAAAGAGCGGGGAUGCGGGGUAACGCGAUGCCGCGCCUUUAAAACGCCGCCCGCCCGCACGCGUUAAGAAGCGCGCGGAUGCUGGAGUGCACCUGCUACGUGUUAACGCACCUGUCGGAGCUUCCGCACGCCGUUUCUCAGCACUUCCUCUCCAUUUAAAUGAAGAAGCCUGAAAGCGGCCAUUCGUUUUCUACUCGUGCCGAAGCAGCAAGGAGUUAACCCAGAGGGCUCAUUGAUCGGCCUGAACCGCCGCAGGAGUGAUAAAAGACGGUGCUUUAUGAGAAAAAGUGCAGUUUCCGGUUGAUUUCGUUGCACGGCUGGGGACGCGGUAGUGCUGGUCGGCAGGAUGCCGGUGCAAAUUCCGGACGACGCAGAUUUCGCGUCUUUCAAGGAGCAGUGUGAAAGCGACGAGAGCUGGACCCAGCGCUACAACAAAGCCGGAGUGACGGUGUGGUGCCGAGACGAGGAGACCAAGACGGUACAAAAACUUAAGAUGAGAAUUGUGUGCAAAGACGUCUGUGCUGAAACAUUGUAUGAUGUCUUGCAUGACACAAGCUACCGGAAGAAAUGGGACAACAUGAUCGACACAUUUGAUAUUGCAAGACUGACAGUCAAUGCAGAUGUAGGAUAUUACUCAUGGAAAUGCCCGAGUCCACUGAAGAACAGGGAUUUUGUCACCAUGCGUUCAUGGCUUCCUCUAGGCAAAGACUACUUGAUAAUCAACUAUUCGGUCAAACACCCGAAAUACCCACCAAAGAAAGACUAUGUCCGAGCCGUGUCUUUACUCACCGGAUACUUGAUCCAGUCCAAUGGCGCAAACUGUUGUACUCUUUACUACUUGACACAAGUAGAUCCAAGAGGUUCCUUACCUAAAUGGGUAGUAAACAGAGUGUCUCAGUUUGUGGGACCAAAGGCCAUGAGGAAGAUCUACAAAGCAUGCCUGAAGUACCCUGAGUGGAAAAGGAAGCAUGACCCUAACCUGAAGCCAUGGAUGUACCCAGAGCAAAACACGCUGCCAUGCAUGAGUGCUUCCGAGCUCACUGUGCAGAGAGCAGAUUCACUGGAGAACAUCGACGAGAGUGGUCUAAAUGAGGAAAAGAUCCAGCAGCACAGUGAAGAUGAGGAGACCUAAACCCCCAGACUCUUACAUGAGCGUGCAUGUAUGUGUGAGGAAUUGUUCUACAGAGUAUGACUUAUUAGUUUUCAGCUGCAUCUUAUGCAUGCUUUGCUAUGCAUUUCCGAUUACCAUAAUGGUGCUCCUUUCAAGGUUUUUGACAUAAUAAUGAUUGUGACUGUUUGCACUACCAGUCAGACUUUUAUUAGAAUUGCACAUAUUAAAAUGAGCUCCCUUACAUAUUUAUACAUGAACACAAACAAAUUGGCACAUUAUUGCAGGUAAAAUUUAAAUGUUUGGGCUACAAUUGCAAUGCUUUUUCAGUUGCGUCUUAUGUGAGCAUUGGUUUUGUAGUGUGUUUUAUGGCUCCAUAAACAGUCCGGUCUUUUUCUCAAUUCAAUGACUGUGAAAUGUCACAUUUCCAGUACUGGUUUCAUCUGGGCAUUUACACUCAACCUGCAGGAAGUGAGAGUUCUCCAGAGCUCUGUGGCUGGCUGCAGGGAUUUUCACUUCAGUAUCUUUACCUAUGCAUCAAUAAGAUCUCAGGAGUUGUAAAAAAAAAAUAAAAAUAAAUUAAUAAGCAGUGCUGUUUACUUUUCUCAAACUUACAUUAGGUGUGUUUGUAUCUCCAUGGUCACUUUUUCCUAUUCAUAUACGAAUAAACAUCUUUAUCUUGUA